UUACAGAGCGGAAUAGUAUUAGAAAACAUAAAGUUCGUUGCUGUUCGAUACACUUUAGGACAUGGAUUUAUAACUACAAUGAAAAUAAACAUUGCUUCGCCACCACCCCCUCCCCAUUGUUGAAAUGAAACGAUCUCUUCUAAUUCAACAUCUCCAUCUAGAUUACUGGACUAUGAUUCUGGUUGCUUUUGUGUUUCAUGAUAGUCACCCUUGUCCUGAAAAUUAUUUUGACCCCAUGUGUAGAUACACAUGCAACUGCAAAGCGACCUGCAACUUGUUAGGAUACUGUGACGACAACGGUUGCAAACGUGGAUAUUUCGGAUAUCACUGCCAGUACCGUGACCUCGCUACACAUUGGGACCUACCGACAACGAUAUAUACUGACGGCGACGACACCACAUGCCAGGAUGACGACACAGUUACGUCAGUUAAGAUACCUAUGCCAAUUAUGACAAUGACUUUUUUCAUGGUUACAAUCAGCCCAGAGCCUACAAGUAAAGAGAUGCUUGAAGAAAUGACCUAUGAACUUGAGCAAAAUGGGAAAAAAAUCAUGUGUGACAAUUGGAAUGCCACUAACUUUAUUGAUAAUAACAUCAUAUAUGUCUAUUGUCUUACAAGUGUCAAUGUGACCAGUAUUACACUGCAUGGGAAGGCAGUGGCUCUUCUCUGUACAGUAAACAUUUCCGGAGGUCGCAAUGUAGCUAUAAAUCAACCAAUCAGAUUUACUCCUCUGGAUCAAUAUGCCGCUAGACAUGCGGGCGGUGUGGACGGACUGUAUCCGACUAGUGGUGCCCUCAACCCAGUAACCUGUUUUAAAGGGUCUGAAAAUAUCACAAAGUCUAUCUAUGAAAUCACCCUAGACGUACCAAAGUUAAUUAGUUACUUUAUGAUCAUUAAUACACCAGAAGCCUUAAAUAUGAAAAAGCUCGCAGGCUUUAAAAUCAUUACCCGUGAUGACAAAAACAAAACGAUCUCGACCUAUGAGGAGGGCAGCAAUCCUCCAGGUGGAAGACCUAACUAUACAGUUCCUCAUUCUGCAGCCUUGGUGCCCGUCAAGUACAUUAGAUUGGAGAAAGACAACGCUUUAAACUUUUGUGAGUUGGAGGCCUACGGAGACUGUCUCCCGGGAUACCGCGAACUAGAGUGCCUCUAUAACUGUACUGAAAAUUGCGUUGAGGGAAUCUGCGAACUGCACGGCAAGUGUCUUGAAUGCAAAGUUGGAUAUUGGGGGAAGUUUUGUCAACGAGUGUGUGGAACUUCUUGCGUAGGUAAUCUAUGUGAACAGAAUAAAGGAGGAUGCAUUCUAGGGUGUCUACCAGGAUAUUUCGAAUAUGAUUGCUACAGAGUAUGUGAGAACUGUAUCUACAACAACUGCACAAUGGAUGAGGGACUAUGUAUCGGUGGAUGCAAGAAAGGAUUUCAGCCCCCGUCCUGUACAGAUGAUUUUUCAAUACACAAUUUCACUUGUCUGGACCAGUUGGAAAGGGAAUGUGUGAAUGGCUACUACGGCAUUAACUGUAGCUCUCAGUGCGGUGCACGCUGCCCUAAAGAAUGCACCAAAGAUGAAGGUUACUGCCUUAAUUGCCAGCCAAAAACAUAUGGCCGGAACUGUGAAAAAAAUUGUUUUAAUUGCAAGCAAGAACAGUGCGAUCAGAAAACAGGAAACUGCACUCUGGGUUGCAAGGACGGCUUCAAAGAAUUUGACUGUUCUUUGACUUGUUCUAAUUGCAAGGAUGGAAAGUGCCAUCAGGAAACAGGAAACUGCACACUGGGUUGCAACUUCGGCUACAAAGGGUUUGACUGUUCAUUGUCUGCUGCAGAUUGGGAAAUCCUGAAAGAAAAUUAUACACUUCAAUUAGCCAUCGUUGGUUUUAUAUUCUUCGUCCUGGUAGUCUUGUUACUUGCGAGACUUCUGAGGAAAAAGACACCUCCACCCCAGAGUGUGGUUGCUGUAGGUGGAGGUGGGUGAUAUCUGUCCAUUUGAUCUUUUCAUCGCUUCAUUUUUUUAAGUAUUUUGUUUUGGGAUAAAUGUAACACUCCAUCCAUUACUUCAUAUAUUGAACUGCUGACACUACGGAAAUAAAGCUUUAAAGA